UUUACGGAUAACUGGCAUAAAUGUAUCAUAUUAGCUUUGCUGCAAGAGAACUCCCUUGCUGCAGCAUAAAUGGGAAAGUCAUGGGGACAAGUCAAGUAUUGUCAACAGACCCCAGACACUUGCCAAUAAUUGUGGGUCUGCCCCGAGGUGUCAGUGGUUCUGACACUAAACAAACACUUUGCCAACAGGAUGUCAGUCGACCAACCCUCGUGUCCUGAACCUGUCCUAUUGAUAGCUCUACAAUCUCAGUCAAAGGUUCAGUAACUCCUGAUAUGGCGACGACUCUGCACAUAAUUACGCUGGCUUUAGUGGGAGUAACCAUUGGUCAAACCAAUAACACGGAAUACAAGCUGGUGCUGGACUCAAUUUUGGAUUCGCUUGAGGGUGGCCUUGAACUUCAUCUGUGGAAUCCUGCCAAUGGAGACAACGAACUAGUCCAGUUUUUGAUGAAGCACAGAAAGACUUCUCUGAAAAUUAGCCUGAGUCAGGAGAAAGCACCUUCGGGAACAUCAAAUGUUCGGCAUAAUUUCUAUUUGUUCGAGGACGUGCAGCUAAUGCAGGACAUACUUAUAAGUUUAGUCAAUACAGAUGGCUUUUACAUACUGGCUUUGGAGAAAUAUAAGCCCGAGAAUGAUGCAAUUUUAAUAGACUUCAUGGCCAAAGUUUGGCUCCAGCAUGGACACAGUCGGAUUUACUAUGUUCAGUUGAGUUUAGAACGCAUACUCCUCUACAAUCCCUUCAGGCAAAGCGUAGUCUUGGUUAAAAAUCCCAAAGCCUAUGGAAGAAUCUACAAAAAUCUUCAGGGCUAUCCCUUGAGAAUCUACAUCUUCGAUUCGGUGUACUCCAGUGUGAGUGGGGAUGGCGCAAGCAACAAGGUGCUAAGUGUUGAUGGAGCGGAUGCCAAGUUGGCCAAAACAGUGGCCAGGCAAUUAAACUUUACGCCCCAUUAUCUCUGGCCCGAUGAUGAGUUCUUCGGCGGCCGCCUGGCGGAUGGAUCGUAUAGUGGCGGCGUGGGUCGCGCCCACCGUGGCGAAGUAGACAUAAUCUUCGCGGGAUUUUUUGUCAAGGACUACCUGACCACCCACAUCCAGUUCAGCGCAGCCGUGUACAUGGACGAGCUUUGUCUGUAUGUGCAAAAGGCUCAAAGGAUUCCGCAGUCUAUCCUUCCCCUCUUUGCUGUUCAUACAGAUGUUUGGCUGUGCUUCCUGUUGGUGGGUCUCGUGGGAUCCCUUGUCUGGUUCCUUUUGAGGGCUCUAAAUCUGGGCCUGCGCAUCGAAGGCAUACCAGAUGGUUCGCAAUCUACAGCGAUUAGUAGUUUUGGAGCAGCUGGUCGCAUUUUCAUCGACACUUGGGUCGUUUGGGUGCGAGUGAAUGUGGGCCGCUUUCCCCCUUUCCACUCGGAACGCAUUUUCGUGGCUUCCCUUUGCCUGGUGAGCGUGAUUUUCGGAGCCCUGCUGGAGUCCAGUCUGGCCACAGUUUACAUUCGACCUCUUUACUAUCGCGAUACCAAUACCUUGAGGGAACUGGAUGAGUCCGGCCAUCCCAUAUACAUCAAGCAUCCCGCCUUCAAGGACGACCUCUUCUAUGGUCACGAUUCGGAGGUCUAUCGUCGGUUGGAUGCCAAGAUGACGCUGGUGGCCGAGGGCGAGGAACGCCUCAUUGAGAUGGUUUCCAAGAGAGGAGGAUUUGCGGGCGUCACCCGCUCUGCUAGCUUGCAGCUGAGCGACAUUCGAUACGUUAUGACUAAGAAAGUGCAUAAGAUACCUGAGUGCCCCAAGAACUAUCACAUCGCCUAUGUCCUGCCACGCCCCUCGCCGCAUUUGGAGGAGGUAAACCGGAUCGUACUCCGCCUGGUGGCCGGCGGAAUCGUGGGCUUGUGGACGGGCGAGACCAAGGAGCGUGCCAAGUGGAGCAUCCAGCGGUUCCCCGAGUACUUGGCCCAAUUGGACGUCGGCCGGUGGAAAGUGCUCACCAUUUCCGACGUCCAACUGGCCUUCUACGCCCUCACCAUCGGAUGUCUAUUAUCGGCUGUUGUUUGUAUGGCUGAGGUCUUCUUAAGACGCAAGCGAACAUUCUUUAGCCAUUCGGUUGGAUUAAAUCAGUUUUACAAAUAAUAAACGCAGAGUUCUGUUCUCUAUAUCAUACAGUAGCGAUCAAAAUAAUAUUAGUGGGAGAAUGUAACAUGCUCAAAGACAACUUUUAAAAAGUUUAAUAUUGCUUUAGUUUUUCGGAAAAAAAUUAUUCCAAUAAAUUCAAUAUACUGCAGUCAAUGAUUUUCUAAAAACUUACGAAAAUAACCAUAAAUCCUCGUUCAUCUGGACAACGUAUUGGAAGGAACAUUUUUUUAACAAAUGAUCUUUUUUUUUUUUAAAUCGCAAACUUAAAAAAGGAAGUUGUUGUUUUCAAUCUUUUUUAAAAAUAUUUGAAAAUCAUUUACGAUCAUAGAUUAUGUGGAUUUUCCAAUUUGCCCCAUUCACUUUUUAGCUUACGAAAAGAUAAC